GGGGCGAGCGAGGGGACGGCGGCGGCGACUCCGGCGAGGGACGAAGGACCCGGGGUGGCCCCACCCCCCCCGGCCCCCCCGAGGGGCGGCGCAGAGCGGCGAUGACUUGGCGCCCCCUGGCGGCCCCCGUGGCGCUCUUGGUGGGGACCCUGGCGGUGCUGCUGGUGACAGUGGCCGCUGACACGCGGGUGGUCGGUGGCCGCGCCUGCGUCCCCCACUCGCAGCCCUGGCAGGCGGCCGUGCUGGACAUGUACAAACUCUACUGCGGCGGCGUCCUGGUGUCACCGCGCUGGGUGGUGACGGCCGCGCACUGCACCACGCCGGGGGUGACCACGGUGGCCCUGGGCAAGCACCGGCUCUACGCGCGGGAGGUGGGCGAGGAGCGGCGCAUGGUGGCCCGCAUGGUGGCCCACCCUGGCUAUGACCCGUCCUCCAAGGACAACGACAUCAUGCUCCUCAAGCUGCUGGCCCCCGCCGCCAUCUCCGAGCGUGUCCGGCCCAUCCCGGUGGCCUCGUGCCUUCCCCAGCCUGGCACCACCUGUGUCACCUCGGGCUGGGGGGCCACCACCUCGCCCGAAGUGACGUACCCCGAGGUCCUGCAGUGCGUCAACGUCACCCUGUUCUCGCCGGCCGAGUGCCGCCGCUUCUACCCCGGCUCCAUCACCGACAACAUGAUCUGCGCUGGCAACAUCCAGGGUGGCAUGGACUCCUGCCAGGGCGACUCCGGCGGUCCCCUGGUGUGCAACGGGACCCUGCAGGGCAUCGUCUCGUGGGGGAUGGAGCGCUGCGGACAACCCCGGCGCCCCGGCGUCUACACCAAGGUCUGCAGAUACGCCCGUUGGAUCCAGGAGACCAUGGAGAACAACUGAGAGGUCCUCGGCCACCAGCGGGGACGGCGGCGGGGAUGGAGGGGACAUUAAAGGUGUUUGGUGGAAGUUGGA